CGAUGUAAGUCUUAUCACGACCACUCCCCUCCUCCUCCACCUCAUACUCCAGCUCCAGACCUGAGUCCAACAACAAACACCAUACUCAUGCAGGGCUCUGUCAUGAAGAUAACUGACCAAUACCACUAUGUAUGUAUCUACCCCAAAGUACACACUUAAGUGCAUCAGUAAUAAUCUUGUUCAAAUUUUCCAGCAACUGAUGCACGUAGCUGCUAAGGAAAAUGCUACAACUCCCUUGCUUGGGUAUAUACAGGGGAUUGUGUUCUGCCCACUGGUUUCUUUGGCUAACAAAUGUUUGUGGCAGUGCAGUAGAGUCAAAAACGUC